AUUUUGAUAAAAUUUCUUCAAAAAUUGUGACAAGAUUAAUUGAAGAAACUGGAGUCGACGUACCAUAACCGUGGCGAGGGCCGCACAUCUUGGGAACCUGGGGAGUGAUAAUUCCGUGGCUCCUGCUAUGGAAGUUGAUUCAUCGAGUGACAGUGCAAAUGAUGAAAAUUCCGCCAUUAAUACACAACGUUUGGUGAUUGAAAAUGGAGGGCGCUGCAUGAGUACCCAAGCAAUGCAAUCACUUUAUGAUUUAAGACAAAAUAAACUUCUUUGCGAUGCUGUCAUUCGACUUGAAGAUGGUGGAGUCUUUCAUAUUCACAGAGCAAUUUUAUCAGCCUGCAGUACCUAUUUUAGGGCACUAUUUACAACGACUCUUCACUCUCACGAGCAGACUGAUGUCCUUCUACCUGGCGUCAGCAGUUACACAAUGAAUCUUCUUCUUGAAUACGCCUAUCUACGUACAUUGGAUAUUAAUAAUGAUAAUGUCUGUCAAAUAUUAAUUACCGCUGACUAUUUAAAUAUUAUUGGUGUUUUGGAUUUAUGCUGUAAUUAUCUUACGGAAAAUUUGGUACCUGCAAAUUGUAUUGGAAUAUUGCGAUUUGCUAGGGAGCAUUUUUGUCGUGGACUAGAGGCCGACACAUAUCGUUAUGUUAUGAGAAACUUUGUACAAAUUGCACAAAAGAGUUUAGAAGUAUUGGCAUUACCAAUUGAGGAAUUAAGGACAUUAGUUGGCGCUGACGAACUUAAUGUGAAAAAUGAAGACAUUGUUUGGGAAUUAGUAUUACGUUGGAUUGAUUACGAUCCAAUUGAGAGAAAAGGUUAUAUUGUUGAUUUAAUGAAAAAUAUACGUUUGGGUCUACUUGAUACACAAUUUUUUCUCGAAAAUGUCAAGGAUCAUCCUUAUGUUGCUGGUAAUGAGGCAUGUCGGCCAAUUAUUAUUGAGACAUUAAAAUUUCUCUACGAUUUGGAAAUGAUUGCACAAAGAGAUGGUGAAGUUCCAACGCCUGAAAUUGCAAGACCACGUGUGCCACAUGAAAUUUUAUUUGCAAUUGGUGGUUGGAGCGGUGGUAGUCCUACGAAUUACAUAGAAACAUACGAUACGCGAGCUGAUCGUUGGGUUCAGGUAGAUCAAGUCGAUCCAACUGGUCCACGCGCCUAUCAUGGAACUGCAGUCGUUGGCUUUAAUAUUUACGUGAUUGGUGGUUUCGAUGGAAUUGAUUAUUUUAACAGUUGUCGUUGUUUUAAUGCAGUGACUAAAGUUUGGCGUGAAGUUGCUCCAAUGAACGCAAGAAGAUGUUAUGUAAGUGUUGCUGUUUUAAAGGAUGUAAUUUACGCAAUGGGAGGAUACGAUGGUUAUAAUCGUCAAAAUUCUGCAGAACGUUAUAAUUACAAGAGAAAUCAGUGGUCGUAUAUUGCACCGAUGUAUUAUCAACGAUCAGAUGCUAGUGCUACGACUUUAAAUGAUAAAAUUUACAUUACUGGUGGUUUCAAUGGUCAGGAAUGUAUGAAUACGGCUGAAGUCUAUGAUCCGGAAACAAAUCAAUGGACCAUGAUUGCACCACUUCGAUCACGAAGAAGUGGCGUUUCCUGUAUUUCAUAUCACAAUCAUGUUUAUGUUAUCGGCGGAUUUAAUGGAGUUUCAAGAAUGUGUAGUGGGGAGAAAUAUAAUCCGGAAACGGAUAGUUGGACCCCAAUACCGGAUAUGUAUCAUCCACGAAGUAAUUUUGCAAUUGAGGUUAUUGACGAUAUGAUUUUUGUUAUUGGUGGAUUUAAUGGUGUUACUACAAUAUUUCGCGUUGAAUGUUACGAUGGAAAACACAAUGAAUGGUACGAAGCAACUGACAUGAAUAUUUAUCGUUCCGCAUUAUCGGCAUGUGUAAUAAUGGGUCUACCAAAUGUUGAGGACUAUAUUCACAAACAUCGUGAACGAUUAAUGGAAGAGAAACGACAAAAAUUACUCGCUCUUGAAAUGACACGCGUACAACAACUUCAAAUACAAAGACAACAUCAGGGAAAUAUCAAUAACAAUAAUAACAACAACAUUAACAAUAAUAAUAAUAACAACAACAAUAUGAUGAUUAAUAAUAAUAAUAAUAUUAAUAGUAUCGUUAAUUUUCAAACUGCGCAAAAUAAUCAAAAUCAUGCACGUCAACAGCGUUAAAAACAAA